AUGGACGAUGGCAGAGCCCGACGGCGACCCGCCGACCCGCCCCCGGCCCUCUCGUUCGUCCUUCAAGCUCCUCCCGCCGACGGCGCUCCCCUCGCCCGCCGUCCCGCAUCCCCUGCUGCAUCAGUGCACCUCCCGUCGCCGUCGCCCUCCCGGUCUACAUCCGCCAAGCGCGCGCCCUCGAGCGCACGCCGAGCCUCGAGCGAGAACCAUCGCCACGCUCCGGGCGAGACGGCGCGAGACGAGCGCGACGGCGCCAACGACGGCGACGGCGGCGACGCCGCCGAAGAGUCGCUCGCCGACUGGAUGGCGCGGUACCGCGUCGGCAUGGCCGGCCCGAGCGACGAGACGCCCGUCCCUCCUCCCGCCAUCCGCGCCAUCCUCGAGGGCCGCGACAACCUGAGCCCGUCGGCGUCGUCCGGCCGCGAGAGCCCCUUGUCGCUCGGCAGCGUCGAGUCGCCCCGCAGCUCGGUGUCGUCCCUGCCGUCCAUCAACUCGCUCACGGCGGCCUCGCUCCUCGACUUCUACCGCCGCAAGGGCCACUUUCCCGCUCCGCCCGGCCCGUACGAGGAGGAGCGCCUGCGCCUCGCGCACAAGUACGGGCUCGACCAACCUGUACGCCGCAAGGCCAUCGACCGCAUCUGCGCCCUCGCCAAGGCCUACUUUCGCACCCAGAGCGUCGUCAUCAGCCUCACGUUCGACGACCACCAGGUCCUCGGCGCCGAGCGCGGGUGGGGCGGUGACGAGCCCGGUCUCGACGUGCCGCCUCGGCCGCUCACGAUGGAGCCCGCGUUCUGCACGCACGCCAUGGCGGCGAGUUACCGCGACCCGAAGGCCGUCUUCAUCGUCGGCGACGCCGACCAGGACUGGCGGUUCAAGAAGAACCCGUACACGAUCGGCAACGGCGGCGGGCUCGCGUUCUACGCCGCCGCCAACGUGUCGCUGCCUGUCGCGCCCUCGUCCCGCAAGACGGUCGACGGCCUCACGCUCCCGGCGUCGCUGGCGUCCGGCGCGCUGUGCCUCAUCGACCCGAUACCUCGCGCGCCGUCCGACUUUGCCCCCGAGGACCGCGUCAUCCUGGGCGACUUUGCCGAGAUGAUCUCGCGCGAGUUCCAGCUCGGCUUCGAGCAGCGCCGGCGCGAGCAGGAGGCCAAGCAGAGCGAGUUCAUCGACUCGUUCUUGCGCAAGGCGCUCGUCCUCCCGAGCCAGGGCGAGGCGCUGCGCCCUCCAGAGCCGUCGGUCUCGCCCCCGUCGACCCCGACCGGCGCACCCACACCCGCCGCCGAUGCUCCCUCAACGCCACCCGCCGCCUCGACCUCGAGCCCCGAAACCCUCUUCCAGCUCGCCGCCCGCCACCUCCGCAUCCUCACCAACGCCGGUAGCGCCGCCAUCCUCGACCUGCGCGCCCUGCGCACCUCGUCCGUGUACACGUCCCUGCACCACCCUCAGCAGCAGCACGCUCGCCACUACUUUUCCUCGUCGAGCACCAAGCCUGCGCCGAGCUCGCCGAGGCGCGACACGCUCAACCACGGCCCGGCGGGCAUGCCGACGAGCGAGAGCCUCGGCAGCCACUUCUGGCGCGUCGCGGGCGAGACGUCGAUGAACGGCGCGGCGCUCCCGACGAGCCCGACGAGCCCGCAGAGCCCGAGGAGCCCGUCGGGCCCGACCAGUUCGAUCGGUGGACGGUCCACGACGGGCCCGUUGCCCGGUCGGGUGGCCCUCAUGGGCGCCGAGGGCGACGUCGAGUGGCUGAGGGUGUUCGAGGAGGCGAGGACGAGCCGGCGGGAAGGCGCGCUCGCCCAGGCGACCGAGGAGGUGCUUCAGGCCUGUCAGGAGGAGAUGGCCUCAAGCCCCGAGAACUCGUUCGUCGACGCCGAGCCGUUCGCCGCCGCCAGCUUCCUCCCGCCGACACUCGCCUCGUCCUCAGCCUGCAUCCCCGUGUUCGACACCGACGGCUCGCCGAUCGUGCUCAUCGUCCUCACGAGCGGCGAGAAAUGGUUCUCGUUCGAGCCGACCGACCGCCGGUUCGCCGGGUCGGUCGGGGCCAUCGUCGUCGGGUCGCUCCUGCGGCAGCGCGCGCUCGAGGCCGACAUGGCCAAGCUGCGGUUCGUGAGCCACGUGAGCCACGAGCUGCGGACGCCGCUGCACGGCUGCAACUCGCAGAUCGAGCUCAUCCGCGAGUUUGCGUCGCCCGACGAGCUCCGCAAGCUCGCGCCCCUCCUCGACACGGCCGACGUCUGCCUCGAGUCGCUGUCGGACGUCCUCAACGACACGCUCGACUUCUCGAAGCUGUCGCAGUCGCUGUCGACGUCGCCCGAGGAGCAAGCCGAGUACCGCCGCCGCGCGUUCGUCGUCAGCGACCUCGGCGCGCUCGUCGAGGGCGUCACCAAGAGCACCUGGGUCCGAAAGCAGCGCGUCGACGCCGUCACGGCCGACCUGGCCAAGGUCGUCGAGGGCGAGAAGAACGUCGACCUCGUGCUCGAGCUCGAGGAGCGGGCCGGCGGCUGGCAAGCCAUGAUCGAUGUCGGCGGCCUCAAGCGGGUCCUCCUCAACCUCGUCGGCAACGCGCUCAAGUUUACCGUCGCCGGCGAGGUCAAGAUCUCGCUCAAGGAGGUCGGUAUCCUGCCCGCACCGGCGCCGUCCACGCCCGGCGCGCUCCUCCCGCUCGAGCGGCGCCUCGUCUCGAUCUCGGUCCGCGACACCGGCAUCGGCAUGAGCGACGACUUUAUCCGCGCGAGGCGGUACCUCAUCCCGUUCAUCCAGGCCGACCCGUUCUCGUCCGGCGCCGGGUUGGGCCUCUCGAUCGUCGACUCGAUCGUCAAGCGCAUGGGCGGCAAGCUCGACGUCGCGUCCCAGCUCGGCCUCGGCACGGCCAUCACGGUCACCCUCCCCCUCGACUUCACCAUCCAUCACUCGAGCCCACUCGUCCCGCCCUCGCUGCCGCGCAUCGUCCGCCGCAACAUCUCCGAGGAGCUGUCCCGCCUGCUGCGCCCUCAUCCGCACGAGCCCACGCCUCAGAGCUCGACGUCGACCUCGGCGCAAGCUGCGCCUCUCGCGCCAGGGCGUCAACGCUCGACGACGUUGUCGAGCGGCUCGGGCAACAUCGCCGUGCCGGCGGGCCUCAGCAAAGCCGCGUCGCCGAUCGAGGAGCUCAGCUUCGACGAGGCUGUGUCGGCCAUGCACGCCUCGCUCGAGUCGCCGCACCCGUCCCCGUCAUCGGCACCCGGCGACGCCAAGCGCACCAGACGCCCCUCGAUGCGCCGUCUCGACGAGCCGCACCGCCAGGUCAGCGCUCGAGCGGUCGAGGACGACCUCGCGGUCGAGGCGGCCAAAUUAAGCUUGAGCGGCGUCGGCGACAAGGCGCGCAUCGUCACGCCGAUGAAGGACCCACUUCUUCCGUCGCCGCCGCUCGAAGAACCGCCGAGCCCUGGGUUCCGCCGCAAGAAGGUCCGGGUGCUCAUCGCCGAGGACAACCCGAUCGCGCGCAACAUCCUCGUCAAGCUCCUCACGGGCAAGAACAUCGCCUUCAGCGCCGCUGAGGACGGCCAGGAGGCGCUCGACCUUUUCCUCGCCGGCGAGGGCACGUUCACCCUGUUCCUGUGCGACGUCCAGAUGCCUCGCAUGGACGGCAUCGAGGCGUCGACCCAGGUUCGCCGCGUCGAGGCCGAGCGCGGGUGGGAGCCGCUGCGCAUCAUCGCGCUCACCGGGCUCAGCAACGACGCAGAGAUGCAGGCGGCGCUCGGGCAGAACGGGCCCGUCGACAAGUGGGUCGUCAAAGGCGGUCGGUCGCUGCGCAUCAUCCUCGAGGAGGUCGCCACGAUGCAGCGGCUCCUCGACGAGGCCGAGGCGGAAGGAGCUUCGCCUCGAGUCUGAUUCCCUCUCUCCCUCUCUCUCUUCUUCCUUUCUCGCCCGUCGCACAUACUCUGUCGUACCCAGCAUCCCCUGUGUCCUUAUCGCAUCGCAUAUCUGUCGCUCUGCCUGCAACUCGGUCGGUGGUUCUCUCCC